GUCAUAUAAAAUAAGUGUCUAGUUGGGCUGAUGUAAUAAGUGUCUGGUAUGAGUGUUUAGAUCAGUAUGUCUGAAGGAAUAGUCUACGCUGAUGUGAAGUUCAAAAAGCACCAAAAGACUGAAGGAAAAGAUGGUGCAACAGCAUCCACAGUGAAUGAUGCCACGCACUCUGAAAUCUCAAUUCCCAAAGCCGGACGCAACCAGCCAUCUACCGACACUAAUGCUGGUGACCCUGAUUCUCAGGAGGGGUUAAAGGUCAGAGCAGGUGGAUGUGACCCUGUCAAAGUGGUCCUGGUGACUCUCUGUUUUCUUCUGAUGGGGACGGUCAUUGGACUUCGGUUCCUGUAUAUCAGCAACCUGCCAACCAAAAACACAGAGCUCCAAAUUCUGCAAGCGGCUUACAAUCGAAAUCUUACAGGUUUGGAAAAAGCUUUUACCUCAGCUUUAAUGAUCAAAGAGAGAGAGCUUCAAGAACUGCAAGACAAGAACAAAGAUCUUCAGGAGAAGGAACGUGCAGUUUGGCAACAAAAUGAAGAAUUGAGAAAGGAGAGAACUCCACCCUCUUGCCCUACAAACACAGGGAAUAAUGACUGUCCUCAGCCUAUGAACUGUGCUGAAGGCUGGGAGUAUUAUGGGGGGAAGUGCUAUUACUUCUCCCCUGAUAAACUGACCUGGGCUCAGAGUCGGGAUGAGUGUAUCACCAGGGGGGGACACCUUGUCAUCAUAGGGAGCCUAGAGGAGCAGACGUUCUUAGAUCAGAAAAGUGGUACAAAAAUAAGUACGGAGCCUGAAGACAAGUUCUGGAUUGGGCUGACGGACAGUAUAAACGAGAAUGAGUGGUUAUGGGUGGACAAUUCAUCUCUAAGCACAAGAUUCUGGCUUGGUGACCGGGAGCCAGAUGACUGGAAAGGAGAGAAUCCCGACGGUGAAGACUGUGUUAGAAUGGGGGAACCGGGUGGUACUAAAGACGUCAAGAGUUGGUUGGAUGUCAACUGUAAUAAGACUCAGAGAAGAAUAUGUGAGACAAAACCCCCCUUGUGAAACAGUAUCUUUAAGAAACUCAAAGGUUCCUAAAUAUGUCUCUGAACAACAAUCAUUUUUUUGCUGGCAUUGAUAAGAAGUGAGGAGAAACUGUAUUAUGACUGGUUUACAGGAGAUUACUGCUGAUAUUCACAUCUUUCUUUGUGCAUAUAAUUUAAUGCUUUUUAUGCUAUGGUGUAAAACAGUCUAAUGAAAAACUUGUCAGAUAUAUUCAGUUCACGCCUCUUCACUUCUCAGUAGGCUACAGGUGUUGGAUCUUAAUUUGCAUAGUAUUGUUAUAGCAACAGGAUUUGAACUUUAGUCCUUCAAUCAUAUGUUGCUUGAUAGGUGGUUAAGCUGUUACCUGGCCAAAUUUAGGCUACAUGAAAAGUACAAUAUUAAGUGUGUGUGUUUAGUGUGGGUUUUCAAUUAUUUUUUGUAAAUCAUGAAACAUAUCUCCAUUUUGCAGUGCAGGAAAAUUCUCAGCAACGAGUGAUAAAAGGAAGACCCUACACCUGUACAUCAUCCUGUGUGUUUUGUACAUGUAUAUUUCUGCUUAACAGUGCUGUAUCUAGGCUAGUCAUUUGAGAGAAAAUUAUUGUGUGUGUCUAUCCAAACCAUUGAAUUAAUAAAGUAAAAAUUUUUUUUUUCAGCA